AUGUGGAAGGAGAGAACGCGCAAGGCGCUAUAUCAACUACAUGCUAAAGUGCUGUGGAAAUUCAAUCGCUUUGAAACGACGAAAAUACAGUGGAAAGCCACAUGCGUCCCAGCGCUAACGUACUGUAACACGGUAACCGUCAUGUCGAAUACUCUACGGAAAAACAUAGACUCAGCCCAGAGACAGGCAGCAAGGUGGGCGCUAGGAGAACCAGCGUGCAACUUAGCCAAUGAAUUCUUGAAAGGAGAGCUCGGCUGGUCAACUUUCGAAGAGAGGGAAGCCAAGAGUAAAAUCACAUACUUCAAGCGCAUACAAGAGAUGCCCGACGAAAGAUGGGCGAAACGAAUGCUAACCAUGAUUAGCAUCAACAAUGCCAAAAUCAAAGCCGUAGAGAGGAUGAAAACGCUUUCAUUGAAAUAUGAGUGCGAUAAGAUAGUGGUCAAACGAUCGGGAGCAGGCGGAGCCUGCCUGAACACAUUCAAAAAGAGUGUGGAAAAAAAGAUCCGAGAUUUAGUCCAUCAAGAAUGGAGAGAUGGCAUGAACGAAAAGUCCAGCCUCGCAAGGUAUCGAAAACACAAACAACAAUGCGGUACCAUUGACCACAUAUACGAUAAUAGCAGAGGAAGUGUAUUGCUCGCACAAGCGAGAGCCGGCUUCCUCAGAACCAGGAAGUUCGGGUCAAGAUUCGAAGAGAUUGACCCGAUUUGCAGGAUUUGUGGUCAGGAGGAAUCUCUGGAGCACGUCCUGAUGGCAUGCCAAGAGGAGACAUGCGGUGACGAUGAGAUUCAAAAAAGGCUUGGGUUACAUGAGGAGUCUGAAAGGCGAGUCAUUAACGAUACUAAGCGGAUUCUCGAAAGAUGGGAGAGAAGGGAGGCGAAGCCACCUACACCCCAGGUGUGA